CGUUUCCAUCUGGGUUUUCUUGGUUCGUUUCUGUUAAGCUAUUGUGUCAUUUCACAUCACUCUGGCACUAGGUAAGGAAUGAGGCCAAUAAGUUCUAAGUCUAUCCUGCCUUAUGCGCCUAAUAAUAGAGUAACCACUUAUAAGCAGCAAAAACCAUUACUUUACUUGUUAGUGACCAACUUUCCUCUGUUCUUGAUCAAUUCCCAAUGGCUACACUUCAUUCCUUUACUUCUUUCCACUACCAAUACAAGAACUUUGAUGGGUUUCUUCAUUUUAGAUCCAAAAAGUCUCUUACCAGAAGAUAUGCUGUGAGGUCUGAAGGAAGUCAUCACGAUCAAGAUUCUUGUAAAGAGGGGGAUGAAAAGAAGAGGCUUAGGAUUUUGAUUGCUGGUGGGGGUAUAGGGGGUUUGGUUUUAGCUUUGGCAGCAAAAAACAGAGGAUUUGAUGUGUGCGUGUUUGAGAAAGAUUUGAGUGCAGUGAGAGGGGAAGGUAGACACAGGGGUCCGAUUCAAUUGUUGAGUAGUGCUUUGGCUGUUUUGCAAGCUAUUGAUGAGAACGCUGCUAGGCAAAUCAUGGAAGCUGGUUGUGUUACCGGUGACAGGAUCAAUGGACUCGCUGAUGGGCUUUCAGGUGACUGGUUUACUAAGUUUGAUCUUUCAACUCCUGCUUUAAAAAAGGGGCUUCCUGUCACUAGAGUAAUAUGUAGAAUGGCACUACAAGACAUAUUACUUGAAGCAGUAGGUUUAGACAUAGUAAUAAAUAAAUCUAAAGUUGUUGAUUUCAUGGAAGAAUCUACCAAGGUUACUGUGUUUCUUGAGGAUGGUAGGCAAUAUGAUGGUGAUGUUUUAGUUGGAGCAGAUGGAAUAUGGUCAAAAGUACGAUCCAAGUUAUUUGGGAAAGAAGACGCGAAAUAUUCAGAUUAUACAUGCUAUAGUGGGCUGACAAGCUUUGUUCCACCAUAUAUUGACAGUGUUGGGUAUCGGGUGUUCUUAGGAUUGAACCAGUACUUUGUUGCUUCAGAUGUUGGACAUGGGAGGAUGCAAUGGUAUGCUUUCUACAAGCAGCCCCUUAGUAGUCCUGAUCCUCCAGCAGGCAAGAAGAAGCGGCUGCAAGAAUUGUUUCAUGACUGGUGUGGUGAAGUAACUGAACUAAUAUCAGAAACACCGGAAGAUGUGAUUUUGCGGAGAGAUAUCUUUGAUAGAGACAUGAUCCACACCUGGGGGAUAGGACGUGUGACUCUGCUAGGCGAUGCUGCUCACCCAAUGCAGCCAAAUCUCGGACAAGGUGGUUGCAUGGCAAUCGAGGAUUGUUACCAACUUGCACUUGAGCUUGAAAAGUUUGUCAACAGUAGGUUAGACUUUCAACGGUCCGGGGGGAUCUCCUCUGCACUUAGAAGAUACGAGAAGAAAAGAAUGUUUCGUGUUAGUACAGUGCAUGCAGCCAGCAGAAUGGCAUCAAAAGUGCUUACUGCUUAUCAACCUUACAUAGAGUUUGGAUUUGGAUCUUCUCCACUAUCUGUAAUUUUUUUCCUCCCUCGUUUCCUUUAUUUGAUUUUAUCAGUGCAUGCAUAUCCUCAGGCUUCAUUGGAUAGAUGUAAAUUUCAAAUGAUAAGAGUAUAUCAACCAUAAGGAUAACAAAACCAUCGGUUCACGUGGUGCGAAUGUUUCUGCAAAUUUUCUUGCCACAGUUCAUGACUUGGAUGAUUGCUGGUAAUGGGGAAGAUGGCAGUUGUAUAUAAAAGGAAAGGAUCUUACUAAUAUCCUUCCAUUAUGUUAUAACAACUUUCUACUUGUUUUUAGCUUUAAUCCUUUUCUUUUUUUCAAGGUACAGAAAAUCAAAUAUUUUCAUGUUGCUCUUCUUGCAGGUUAAGGCGAGAGGGAAAGAGAAGCAUUUGACAAGAUAUUACGACCUCCAGAGUUUCACCUAUGAUUAUGUAAAUUAGUUAAAUCUGGAUAUUGCCACAUGUUUUGAUAGAAUCUGAUUGUAGUUAGGUUUAUUAAUUUGAAGAGAAUGAUUGGUCA